AUGUCAAACUCUUCUGUGGUUGGUCAGGGUGCUUGCCCAACUCCCUUUCUAGAUGCCAGCCUGUUUCCUUCUUCUGGUGGUUUCACUUCAGGAAGAUUCUGCUCCACUGUCGGGGAUAUUACAUGUUGCCUCCCAUGUCCCCAAACAGAAUGGUUAUAUCCAGACAACUUCGACACAAUGACACAGUCAGCUAGCUGGCUAAAUGUUCCUGGGAUGGCUUGCUCGGUGUUUUUGCUCGUUUCUUUUGCUUUCUUACCCGUUGGCAAGACUCAUCGACAUUAUUUGAGUGUUUGUUUAGCAAUCGCAACAAUUAUGCUCGAGCUCGGCUUCAUAAUUCCCCUCGGUGCGAAGCCUAAGCAAUGCUUCAAUGCCAUCACCCCGAAUGAUAUGAGCUCCAGCACUACCUGCGCCCUUUCUGGCGCUUUCUUGAUGGCGGGAGGCUGGUGUGGUGUGAUGUGGGUAUUCUUGAGGGCGUUGGCGCUCCACCUGCAGAUCUGUUGGCAGGUGGUAAUUGGAAACACUUUCAUGUGGGGUGCUUUGGCCGCCGGCUGGGGAAUUCCUGCUAUUGUCUUGGUUGUCUCCUUGGUGUUCAGCGGUGUCUCUUUCCGUUUUGGCGACACAUGCCACAUCAAUCACGACAACAGUCUGUCGGAUUUCUGGAUCCCGCUCCUAAUAUUCGCGGGCGUCACAGUUGUGAUUCAGUUUGCGACCUUCGGCUACUGCAUCAAGGUCUACUUGGCAUCUCUCGCUGAUGAUUCAGCGACCACGGAAAGUUCUGGCUUACCUUCAUACACCAACAGUAUUCGAGGGACCAUCUCACCUCGACAGGCAUAUCGCAGAGUACGAAGGGUCAUCGAACUCCAGUGGAGAGGUAUUGCAAUUGUCCUAAUAAUCAUAGCGGACGUCAUCUUCUUCUCGGUCAUUUUCGUGUUUAUGGAUAAUACGGAGUCAAAUCUUCAAAAGGACCCCACGAAAGCCCAGAGUUGGCUGUUGUGCUUGAUUGAGUCAAAGGGAGAUAAGAACAAGUGCUUGGACUUUGCCACUUCGCUUCGGAUAAACAUAGCUACAGUCAUGGCAGUUCUUGUCUUGCUCUCGUUUAAUGGCAUCUGGUGCUUAUUGCUACUCGGUCGGUGGUCUAUGUUCACCGGCUGGUAUGAGAUGGUCAUGGGCAAGGUGAAACCAAACAACGAAUUCGUCAGCGCAGAUGUCAGAACAUUUAAGGAUCCGAGUUCCUACGAGAUGCUCAGCAGGGAACGAGACCAGGGCAAGACCCCCGAGCCAUUUGUUUCUCAACCCAUCACGCCUUUAUCGCCCACCCAAAGGAGCGGCCGAGAAACUCCAGAUUACUUCGGGCGAGAGGCUCGAUACAAGUCACCCGCGAGAUCAUUCUCGAAUCCCAAACCUCCACAAGGAGGCCAGACCUGGGACCCGAGAGCCAGCCAGGCGAGAAAUUUCGCAUACCCUGGGAUGGAUCCUCUUUCGAUGAAUAAGAUAUGA